ACAUGCUUUGAUCAGUUUAAUAUGAUUGGUUACAUUCAUUUGUGUUAUCUGUCGUUUUCUGUCGUUAACAAGUGAAAAUGUUGAAUACAAUAUAAAAAGAGGCUUUAUGCUCAAAGAUAUCAUUGCUAUUACGGUAUAACUAAACUAAGUGAAAGUCCGAAUUAACAGACAAGUGAAGACGAAAACAUGGCUCACCUUGCGCUCAACAGAUUGAAGAUCAUAAUUUUGAUACUUGGACUCACUGGCCAUAUUUGUUGCGCAGAACAAGUUUCAACUGUGACAUGUUCAAGUACAGGAACUGAAUGUAGUGCUAUUCCCUUUUCCAUAUGUGCUACAAAUAAAUGCAAAUGUAAGGACGGUUACAAGGAAGGCCCAAAUGGAGGAAGCACUUGUGUUAAAGUGCUAGGAACCCAGUGCACAGGAAGCGAUCCCUGUCCAGGCGCUACUAGCUCAGUAUGUACAGGUUCUAAAUGCACGUGUAGCACAGGCUAUGGUGAAAGGGACAAUGCUUGCAAAAAUUGCUAUAGGAAUGUUCAUCAGAGUUUGACCGUCUUUGAAACAUCAUCAACUGUUACAUGUCUGAGAUAA